AGAGAACCCCAAAGUCUCGGAAUAAACAUCACUUUCUUCAUCGUACAAAUGAGAGCUCCUGGAUAUUACGAGCGUCACUUCAUAUGUCGUAAUCUUGAAGGUUAUUAUACAAAUUUCAAUAUAAUUUCAAGAUAUAAUCAUAGACUUACCCCGGAAUUACUUUCAAACGUAUUGCAUCUGCUUAUAGAUAAAGAACCGAUACUUGCAUUAAACUUCUUUAGGAAAGAUGGAUCCACCAGAGAUGAUGAUCAUUAUGCAAAUGGACAUAACUUUGUAGUCAGACCAGUUGCAAAAAUAGAUUUUGCCGAUGUUGUAUCUUUUGAAACUGUAGAUCGAUUUGAUGAGUCAACGUUCAAGUAUAUAAACCCGUUAACAUGUCCAGUGAAUAUCGAGCUCCCAUUAUGGAGAAUGAUUGUUUUUGACCUGAAAGAAGAUGGGUAUCAAUAUGUGUGUAUAUACUUUGAGCAUGCCCUAUUUGAUGGAGGAAGUGGAGCUCAAUUCCACCAAGAUAUAGCGGCAACUUUGGACGAAAUUGACAGUAGUAAUGAUGCCAUGGUUGAGCGUCUUUUCACCUCGAGAGAGUCAAUCUCGAUACCGGAAGCUUGUGAAUAUACUACCAAUCUAUUUGAACCAUCCUUACUUACAAAACUUUCGUUUUUGUCUGAAAAAUACAAUAUAUUGCCCAAUUGGACUUCUUACAAUUAUUGGACCAAGUCCAAUUCACCUCAAGUAUUCAAGACAACAGUACCAACCACAAAGGAUUUGGCUACUGACUAUUUACUUUUCAAUUUGAAUCCAACCGAUUUGGAGACUAUUAGGAAGUUUUGCCAAAGAGAAAAAAUAGCCAUCACUUCAUAUUUAGAAAUUUUAGGUACAUUUGUAUUUACGGAAACAUUUUUACAAACCAUGCCAAAUGAUGAAAAAGGUAGCAAUGGGGUUUGGUCAACUUCAACUUUAAUUGCCGUCAGUGGCAGACGACAUGUCCCUUCAGAAAGAUUCCAAUAUGGGACUCUUGUGACUGGGGACAUCUACACGUUACCACCAAUCGCGCUCGAUAGUACACCUAGUCAAUUAAUUUCAUUAAUGAAGGGUUUCCAUAAUAAACUCCACAAAUCUGUUCAAAAUAAAACAUGUUUUGAGAAAAUAGGGCUUUAUGAUUACAUGAACUUGUGGGAUUUCUAUAAAAAUAAAUUGAAUAAAACAGAGAGACACACACUUCUGGUAUCUAAUUUAGGGCUAAUUAAAACUUUCGGGAAGUGGCAAAUAUUAGACAUGUGGUUUGGUCUGAAUACGGGUGUGGCUUACAAUUUCAUUUUUAACGUGACCUCUACACCAUGCAACGGACUCAACAUUGUAAUGAGCUACCGGCCCGAGUUUGGUGAGGUGAGGGACCCAGCCACGAAUGAACUAAUGAUAGACGUUUUUAAGAGGAAACUAGACCAGCAAUUGGUUGCUUUUGCAAAGUACAAGAUUUAAUAUGCAUCAAAAACAAUAGGAGUAAAAAAAAAAAAAAAAAAUAAUAAACGAAAA